GGAUUAUUUGGGUUGCAGCCGCGGUGGAUGUUGUGCAGGCAGACGGCGGACGGACUCAGAGCUUGAAUCUGUCCAUGCUGACAGCGAGGUUUUAUUAUUAUUAAUAUUUUUUAAUGACGGUUCCCUGCAGGGCUUUUUGAAAUGGUUGUGAAGGCUUGUUUCUAUCAUCCUGUUGUUCAGUGAGGCAGUGAGCUCACGGUGGAUGCAGCAUGCAUGUGUCGACUUAUCCCACGAUGCUCCCUGCCAGUCCAGGCCUGCUUCUACUCAGCUUCCUCUUCCUCGCUGAUGCUGAAUCACCACCCAGAUUCACCCGGACCCCAGAGGACCAGACAGGAGUGCAGGGGGGAGUGGCCUCCUUUGUGUGCCAGGCCACGGGGGAUCCACAACCCAAGAUUGUUUGGAAUAAAAAAGGCAAAAAAGUCAGCAACCAGAGAUUUGAGGUAAUCGAGUUUGAUGACGGGUCCGGUUCGGUCCUGAGGAUCCAGCCUCUCAGGACUCCCAGAGACGAAGCCGUUUAUGAAUGUCAUGCCUCCAACUCGGCAGGAGAGAUCACUGCCUCCACCCGCCUCGGUGUCUUACGAGAGGACCAACUGCCCCCAGGGUUUCCCACCAUUGAUAUGGGCCCCCAGCUGAAAGUGGUGGAGCGUUCACGGACCGCUACCAUGCUCUGUGCUGCCAGUGGCAACCCUGACCCAGAAAUAACCUGGUUCAAGGAUUUCCUGCCAGUCAACACGUCCAAUAAUAACAGACGAAUCAAGCAGCUCCGCUCAGAGUCCUUUGGUGCUCUCCAGAUAGAGAUGAGUGAGGAGUCGGACCAGGGGAAGUAUGAGUGUGUUGCCACCAACAGUGAUGGGACACGAUAUUCCACCCCAGCUAACCUGUAUGUCAGAGAACUGCGAGAAGUGCGCCGUGUCCCCCCUCGCUUCUCCAUCCCCCCAGCCGACAGCGAAAUCAUGCCAGGGGGUAAUGUCAACAUCACCUGUGUGGCGGUGGGCUCGCCCAUGCCGUACGUGAAGUGGAUGCUGGGAGCCGAAGACCUGACGCCCGAGGACGACAUGCCCAUCGGCCGCAACGUUCUGGAACUGACCGAUGUCCGCCAGUCCAACAAUUACACCUGCGUGGCCAUGUCGACGCUUGGAGUGAUCGAGGCGGUGGCGCAGAUUUCAGUGAAAGCUUUGCCGAAGGCUCCUGGCAUCCCUGUGGUGACUGAGAGAACUGCAACAAGCAUCACACUGACUUGGGAUUCUGGAAACCCUGAACCAGUUUCUUAUUAUGUCAUACAGCAUCGUCCCAAAGGCUCAGAGGACUCUUACAAAGAGAUUGAUGGCAUUGCCACGACGCGCUACAGUGUGGGCGGCCUCAGCCCGUACUCCCACUAUGACUUUCGGGUGGCAGCUGUAAACACCAUCGGCCAGGGUCCCUCCAGCGAGGCGGUGGAGGCUCGCACAGCUGAGCAGGCCCCAUCCUCACCUCCUCGACAGGUCAUUGGUCGGAUGUUGAGUGCCACAACAGCUAUGAUACACUGGGAUGAGCCAGAGGAGCCUAACGGUCAGGUGGUUGGGUACAGAGUGUACUACACCUCUGACAAUACCAUGCCUGUCAACCAGUGGGAGAAGCAGAUGGUCCGUAGUGCCAACUUCAUCACCAUCCAGGAUCUAACUCCUAACAAGACUUAUUACAUCCGUGUGCUGGCCUUCACCUCUGUCGGAGAUGGACCCCUGUCCCAGGAUCUGCAGAUUAUAGCCAAGACUGGAGUUCCUUCCCAGCCCUUAGACUUUAAGGGUGAAGCAAAAUCUGAGACAAGUAUCCUGUUGUCCUGGGUGGCCCCGUCAACCCAGGGAGGCCCAGACAGUCAGAUCACAGGCUACGAGCUGGUUUAUCGAAAGGUCGACGACACAGAGGAGAGAAAAGUGAACUUUGACCCGACCACCUCCUACCUGCUGAAGAACCUGAAGCCCUUCUCCACUUACACUUUCCAACUGGCUGCCAAGAGCAAAAAUGGAAUUGGGGCGUACACCAAUGAAGUGUCCAUUGACACUCCACAGACACUUCCUUCAGCACCUCCCCAGGACAUCACAUGCACCAGUCCCAGUUCUACCAGCCUCUUGGUAAGUUGGGCUCCACCACCCCUGGAGUUUCAGAACGGCGUCAUAUCAGGAUACUCCAUUCAGUACUCCACCAUGGAGGGCAACAAAACGUCUAAAAGAAUUGAUGAAAUUCCUCCGGGAAGUUCUUCGUAUCUCCUGGCAAACCUUGAAAAAUGGACUGAGUAUGGCAUAACAGUUCGGGCACGCACAGAGGCUGGGGAUGGACCGGAAAGUUUACAACUGCUUAUCCGCACCGAGGAAGAUGUUCCAAGUGGUCCUCCGCGAUCGGUUGAAGCAGAGACAGUGAAUGCCUCGGCUGUUAGGGUGAAAUGGCGAGCACCGGCACCCGAGCUGCAGCACGGUCAGGUCCGAGGCUAUCAAAUCCAUUAUGUGAGGAUGAACUACGGCGACCCUCAGGGUCAACCCCUCAUCAAAGACAUCCUCAUUGAUGACUCUCAGUGGGAAUACGGUGACUCAGCUGAAUAUGAGGCUGUGCUUGGAGACCUGACGGCAGACACUGCCUACUCUGUGACAGUGGGCGCUUACACUGCCAAGGGUGAUGGUGCUCGCAGCAAGGCUGUUACUGUGUGCACCGCCCUGCCUCUGCCUGAGAAACCAAAACUGUUGGUCAGUGACACUGAUUCGGGUACCGCUCUACUACAGUGGUACCCCGCUCCCGACCCGCCCACCCCUCUCCUGGGGUACCGCCUCACCUUCGGCCGUGUUGACGUUCUCCCCUUUACUGUCAUCGAGUUCCCCACCAAAGAGACUCGCUACACUGCCCAGGACAUCCAUAAGGGAGCUAACUAUGUGUUCAGGCUGUCUGCUCGUAACAAAAUGGGCUACGGAGAAGAGUCUGUAAAGGAGGUGACCACUCCAGAAGAUGCCCCGAACGGAUACCCGGAAAAUAUUAUCUUAGAAGAGGCGACUGACACUUCUCUUCAACUGGCAUGGAAAUCUGUCCCACUGAUUGAGCAGAAUGGGAAAAUUGCAAAGUACUCUGUGCUGUAUAAGGAUGUAAACAGUCGAGGAAAUGCCUCAGAGGUUGUGGUGCCCACGCCAGGGUCCAGUGUUUUGCUGGAGGGUCUGAGUGCCGAUACUGUGUAUGAUGUCAGGGUGUGUGCGUUCACAGCUGUUGGUCCUGGGCCGUACAGCCCCGCUGUCCAGUUUAGGACGCAGCGGCUAGACCAAGUUUUUGCCACCAACUUCAGAGUAAAAGCAGCCAUGAAGAACUCAGUUCUGCUUUCUUGGGAGAUUCGAGACAAGAACCCAUCCCAGCCAUUCACUAUCCUGUAUGGGAAGGGCCAGUCUGUGGAGGUAGAUGGCAAACAGACUCAGAAGCUCAUAACUGGCUUGGAUCCGGACACCCAGUACUCUUUCCUGCUCACUAACCGGGCCAACAGCGCCGGCGGCCUGCAGCACCGCGUCACUGCCGUGACGGCCCCGGACAUCCUGAAAACCAAACCCGUUGUUGUGGGGAAGACCAUCGCAGACGGCAUGGUGACUGUGCAGCUACCGACUGUGCAGACGACAGCAAAAGUCAGGGGUUACUACGUGGUGGUGGUGCCGCUGAAGAAGCAGCGAGGAGGGAAGUUUCUGAAUCCGUGGAGUGAGCCGGAUCAAAUGAACAUGGAUGAGCUUCUUAAAGAGAUCAACAGGACCAGCGUCAGCCGGGCACUUCGUAUCCGAAGACAGGCUGGCCAAUCAGAUCCCAGGGCCUAUGUCACAGCGCACUUCAAGACCCUCCCACUGGAGUUUACGUUAGGUGAUGGACGAAACUACGGCGACUUCCGUAACCGUCCUCUAACGGGUGGACAGGAGUACGUCUUCUUUGCGCUUGCACUGCUUGACCUCUCAGAAAACACAAUGUUUUCAACAAGCCCUUAUUCUGACCCGGUGACGUCAUCGGACGUGGAUCCUCAGCCCAUUAUCGAUGAGGAGGAGGGGCUGCUGUGGGUGGUGGGUCCUGUGUUGGCUGUGAUUUUUAUCGUCUGCAUCGUCAUCGCUAUUCUUCUAUUUAAAAGCAAACCUGACAGGAAACGAGCCGAAGCUGAGGGAAGGAAGGGCAGUUUUCCCUGCAGCAAAGCCAUGUCCUCCCACCAUCCCACAGAUCCUGUGGAGCUGCGGAGGAUCAACUUCCAGACUCCAGGCAUGGCGAGUCACCCACCCGUCCCCAUCUCUGAGCUGGCAGAUCACGCUGAGCGCCUCAAGGCAAAUGACAAUCUCAAGUUCUCUCAAGAAUAUGAGUCCAUUGACCCGGCUCAGCAGUUCACAUGGGAAAACUCCAACUUGGAGGUCAACAAACCAAAGAAUCGCUAUGCUAAUGUUAUCGCCUAUGAUCACUCAAGGGUUAUACUUUCGAGCGUUGAUGGCGUCCCCGGCAGUGACUACAUUAACGCAAACUAUAUUGAUGGCUACCGCCGGCAGAAUGCCUACAUAGCCACUCAGGGACCCCUCCCUGAGACUUUUGGAGAUUUCUGGAGGAUGGUCUGGGAGCAGCACACAGCCAACAUUGUCAUGAUGACCAAGCUGGAGGAGAAGUCACGGAUGCCCUCUUAUUUCUUCUCUAAGGUGAAGUGUGAUCAGUACUGGCCUACGCGUGGCACCGAGACCUACGGAUUGAUCCAGGUCACUCUGCUGGACACAGUGGAGCUGGCCACAUACUCCAUGAGGACCUUCGCUCUUUACAAGAGCGGCUCCAAUGAGAAGCGUGAGGUUCGUCACUUCCAGUUCACAGCCUGGCCAGAUCACGGGGUGCCCGAACAUCCCACCCCAUUCCUGGCCUUCCUUCGUCGGGUCAAGUCCUGCAACCCCCCUGACGCGGGACCCAUGAUCGUUCACUGCAGUGCUGGGGUGGGCCGGACCGGCUGCUUCGUCGUGAUCGACGCCAUGUCGGAGCGCAUCAAGCACGAGAAGACCAUCGACAUCUACGGUCACGUGACACUAAUGCGCUCCCAGAGGAACUACAUGGUCCAGACGGAGGACCAGUACAUCUUUAUUCACGACGCGCUGCUGGAAGCAGUGACCUGCGGGAACACAGAGGUCCCUGCCAGGAACCUGUACUCCUACAUCCAGAGGCUGACGCAGAUUGAGCCAGGAGAGAACGUCACAGGCAUGGAGCUGGAGUUCAAGCGUCUGGCCAGUGCCAAGGCUCACACAUCUCGGUUCGUAAGUGCCAACCUGCCAUGCAACAAGUUCAAGAACCGUUUGGUGAACAUCAUGCCCUACGAGACGACGCGCGUGUGUCUGCAGCCAAUCAGAGGAGUGGAAGGGUCUGACUACAUCAACGCCAGCUUCAUCGACGGAUACAGGCAGCAGCGGGCGUAUAUAGCAACCCAAGGCCCGCUGGCUGAGACCACAGAGGACUACUGGAGGAUGCUGUGGGAGCACAACUCCACCAUAGUCGUCAUGCUAACCAAGUUGAGAGAAAUGGGACGGGAGAAGUGCCACCAGUACUGGCCCGCGGAGCGCUCGGCUAGGUACCAGUACUUUGUGGUGGAUCCCAUGGCGGAAUAUAACAUGCCUCAGUACAUCCUGCGAGAGUUCAAAGUGACCGAUGCCAGAGAUGGCCAAUCACGAACAGUUCGUCAGUUCCAGUUCACUGAUUGGCCCGAGCAAGGAGUGCCAAAAUCAGGGGAAGGAUUCAUCGACUUUAUCGGCCAAGUGCACAAAACUAAAGAGCAGUUUGGCCAAGACGGGCCAAUUUCUGUGCACUGCAGUGCUGGAGUGGGGAGGACGGGUGUGUUCAUCACCCUCAGUAUCGUCCUGGAGAGGAUGAGGUACGAGGGAGUGGUGGACAUCUUCCAGACAGUGAAGAUGCUACGCACUCAGAGACCUGCCACCGUUCAGACAGAGGACCAGUACCAGUUCUGCUACCGGGCCAGUCUGGAGUAUUUGGGAAGCUUCGAUCACUAUGCAACAUAAAGCCAGUUGCUGUCUGUCACGCCACGUUCGGCCGAGCGCUCCCCUUUUUUUGUAGUGUCACACACAACCUAAAUAAAUGCGCCCUGGCUGGAACGUGUUUGUAAAGAUGUUGCCACCACACGCAGAGCGAAGGGGGGGAAGAGGCCUUCGGCUCGUCCCGUACCCAAAAACAGCACUUCUAACUGAGCCAUAGCAUCCUGCUUUGACAAGGGGGUGUCUCCUUCCACCCCUUCAGCCCAAACACAAACGCACCCCUGGGUCAGUCUGAAGCAGCAACUUCAACCACUGCUCCCAAACAGAAUACUUGAUCAAAUAUGGAUUUUUUUUCUGUUUGUUUUUGUUCUGUUUUAGUGCUUCUGUGAGCACCGAGAAUGCUUUGUGUUGUUUAGGUGUGGAACUCUCACCUCGUCCACCACCAGUGUAGCAUCACCAAACAAAAGGACCAAGCUACGGUAUUUUUCAUCAAUCACCUGAAAAUUUUGAUUUUUUAUUUUCUUACAUCACAAGGACCGACGAGUGGGAAUCCACAAAUCUAUUGAAUGAAGGCCUCAUGGACCGAAGGAGCACCAGAGAAUUGCCUGUAGGAGACUGAAAACACAGCACUCAGUGUUAAAAAGACAAAAAAAAAUUAAAAAAAAUAACUCACAUAUAUUUAAAAAAAAGAAAGAACCAACUUUUUUUUUACUUACGUUCAGAAACAGACUCUUGUUUCCUGUGAAUAAGAAGUGAACAUUUCUACCACACAGUAAUAAGAACCAUUUAAAAUAAGGGAAAUGUACGAGGUUUAAAAUGCACACCACAAAGUAAAACAUGAAUUUAGUUUUUUAGAAAGAUAUAUGACUAUAUUGUUUUUUAAAACCUGGGUAUAUUAUAUUCCCCAUUGACAUAUUCUGUUUUUUUUUUGUUUUGUUUUGUUUUGUUUUGUUAUUUUGUCAUUGUUCCCACUGACCAGAAAAACAAAACCAAGGUUGUAUCUUUUCUUUUUGUCCUGUGUAAAAAUCGAACGAGCUGUAGCCAUUUUGUUUUUAAAUGUACAAUCAAAAUCUAGUGUGGAAAACGUUCACAGUUCUGCAACAGAUGCCACCUUUGGGUGUCGUUCACGUAUUCUCCGCCCUAACCUUUUUAUAAAGAUGGUGCCCACCAGCGGGGGGCACAGUGGGAAGGGGGGGUCCAGUAGUCCUAUUAAGUUGUUUCUAUGGAUUUUACAUGGAAAGUCAGUUAAAACACAAGUGCAGAGUGUGCACAGAAGAAAAAAAAAUACUCAAAAACACAACUAUUUAUGUGUCAAAAUAAGCUUCACGGAGAUCUUGAGCAGGGGUGUCGAAAAUGGGCGGGGGGGGGUUUGGUGCAGAGGGGACAAAUUUCUCUCUCUGGAAUGCUCACCGUAGACUUUUCUCUUUGUCCGACUCAGUGUGCAAUAAGUAGAUGUGUUAUAUAUUUUUCAUGUGGAGUCACUAACUGCAGUUAUUUGCCAUGAUGAGGUUGGUAGUGAUGAUGAUGAUGAUGAUGUUAAGACUUCUUUUUUGUUUGUUUGUUUGUUUGUUGUUUGGUUUACCCCCACCAUUCAGCGUGUCCGAGAGGAGUGACCUCUGACCUCUUUCACCAUGCUGCGACUCCAGUAGUCAAUGUCAUCCUCCUGUGGCGAGCAAGAGAGCGACUGAAGUCACAUUUCAAACAGCAUCUAUUAAGUCUUUUGAUUUUAGAUUUCUAGUGCCUUAUAUUACACGCCUAUUUUGAUAAAGUUACAUUAAAGGGUUUUUUUGUCUGUAUUUUAUGUAUGCUUGUGGGAUCUGAAUGUUUGAUUUUGUUCAGUUAUGAUAUGUGAAAGUAUUUUGUUGUUUUUUUUCUUGUUUUGGCUGUGAAUUUUCCAGCAGGAGGCGGCUCCGUGUUUAUUUUCAAACCUAAACUGUAUUAUCAUAUCUCCUUUAAUCAGGUGUAUUGUGUUACAGAAGCUGAAUGGUCUGAUCUUGGUUUGUUUGUUUUUUUUAACAGAAAAGUUUGAGCCCUGCCCAUUGUUUCUUGCACCUAUGCGAGCGUUGUGUAUUUCCUCUUCACGUGGAGACUCGGCUCAGACACUUGCUCAGCUAUGCAGAAAUCCUUAUCAAGCUGAACGGUUCAUUUUGGUAGUUCGAACAAAAACAGAAGGGGAAAAAAAUGGGAUUAUGUAAUCAACCUGAAGCCUCGUCUGCGCCCUGUGGUUUCCUGUCUGUUUUCCAACAUCGACAAAGGUGCUAACAGCACAAAACGGAUGUAGUCGUUAACACUUAAGAUGGUCAACAUUUGUCCACAAUCUUACAGGAAGCCCUGUCGUCAUUUUUUUGUAUGCAUGGCAUCACUUUUGAGAUCCCCCCUUUGGUCACGGGGGUCAUGGGAAGACUUGCACUUUCUCUCUUUGUACUAUGCACUAAUACUAAUAUGUGUAAGAGCCCCCAACCCCCACACAAAAAGGAGACUUACUUGAACUCAUUAAAGAUGGAUCUUGUAAUUCUCACACAGUUGUGUAUAUGUAAAUAUCACAGAGAACACAGAGUUAACUGAAAGGUAUACCUAAAUGGAUAAAUACAUAUGAUAUAAAUGUAAAGGCAAAGAGUGAAGAGAGGUGUAUCAGAUAAAAUGAGUGAUAUAAGAGGACGCACUUUCGAUCACAGUUUUAUGGCACAGCAGUGUGUGCAAUAAUACACCACGUUGUGGAUUUUGUCGUCCCACAAAAGAAGUUUCACAAAAACAUGUUCUAUUCUACCCGCGCCCCCUAACUUAUCAUGUAGAUGGAUUAAACUGGAGUUUAUAAAUUGUAAAAAAAAAAAAAAAAAGGAAAAAAAAGAAAAUAUGGUGUGUUAACUUGGGUCAUUUACCUCCAAUUGGUCUGUACAUGUAAACUGUUUUCAUUUUGUUUCCAGAUCUGAGUCAACAAGUGCUUUUUAUUUUCUUACAUUACAAAAAUGGAAAAAAAAUUAAUUAAAAAAAGUAAAACAACAAAAAAAAGAAGCAGGUCUGUAUGGAUUUCUGUUCUUUAUUGACACAGGUUUCAUUUGUUACAAAUAAACUCAAGUGAAAUAA